CCCGAGCGCGCGAGCCGGGCUGCCCAGACGCCGCUGGCCGAGGCGCGCUGCGGGUCUCCGGCCAUGCUUGGCGGGGCUGUCCCGCGUCCGGCGCGAGGCUAGUGGGUGACACCGGGGCCCGGCUGGCCCGGCCAUGCCGCUGGAGACCGAGGACGCGCUCUACGUGGCGCUGGAGCUGGCCAUCGCUGUGCUGUCGGUGACCGGCAACGUGCUGGUGUGCGCGGCGGUGGGCUCGUCGAGCGCGCUACAGACGCCCACCAACUACUUCCUGGUGUCCUUGGCUGCGGCCGACGUGGCCGUGGGGCUGUUCGCCAUCCCCUUUGCCAUCACCAUCAGCCUGGGCUUCUGCACGGACUUCCACAGCUGCCUCUUCCUCGCCUGCUUCGUGCUGGUGCUCACGCAGAGCUCCAUCUUCAGCCUCUUAGCCGUGGCGGUGGACAGGUACCUGGCCAUCGGCGUCCCGCUCAGGUAUAGAAGUUUGGUCACUGGGAGCCGAGCAAGAGGGGUCAUUGCUGUCCUGUGGGUCCUUGCCUUUGGCAUUGGAUUGACUCCAUUCCUGGGGUGGAACAGUAAAGACAGUGCCACCAACAACUGCACAGAGCCCUUGGAUGGAGCUACAAAUGAAAGCUGCUGCCUUGUGAAAUGUCUCUUUGAGAAUGUGGUCCCCAUGAGCUACAUGGUGUACUUCAAUUUCUUCGGGUGUGUCCUGCCCCCACUGCUCAUCAUGCUGGUGAUCUACAUCAAGAUCUUCAUUGUGGCCUGCAGGCAGCUGCAGCGUACUGAGCUGAUGCACCACUCCAGGACCGUCCUCCAGCGGGAGAUCCAUGCGGCCAAGUCACUGGCUAUGAUCAUGGGGAUUUUUGCUCUGUGCUGGCUUCCAGUGCAUGCUAUCAACUGUGUCACUCUUUUCCAGCCAGCUCUAGCUAAGGAUAAGCCCAAGUGGGCAAUGAACACAGCCAUUCUCCUGUCACAUGCCAAUUCAGUUGUCAAUCCCAUCGUCUAUGCUUACCGGAACAGAGAUUUCCGCUAUACUUUUCACAAAAUCAUCUCCAGGUAUGUUCUCUGCCAGACUGAUCUCAAGAGUGACAGUGGGCAGGCUGGAAUACAGCCCGCUUUCAGCAUGGGAUUAUGACCUAGGCUCUGCCUCUUGGAGAGAAGGCACAGAUGCAAACUAAACAAUGGGACAGGAUACGACUGGCUGAUUCUUACUGUGAAAAGCAGCCACGCUCACAAGCACAUGGCUGCCUCUUUGAGUACUUGCCUAAAGUUACUGUGUAUCUGGUUGAUACUACAUGCUAUUAGUAGGCUCCAAGGAUUGACAAAUAUAUUUAUGGUCCUGUUUGCCUGCUUUUAGUGUGUGGGUGAUGCUGACAGCUUGAAUGGAUUCUAAAACUUCAGAAGAGUCUGCCUCGUUCAUGGUCAAAAAUGACAGUUUACUAUGAAAUACUGUGAACUAUUACAUUGCAGAUAUUUUUAACAUAGAGGCAGUGGAAAAAUAAAAAUUGUCUGUAUUAAUCUAUACUUGUUCUCAGGAGGGUAAUCAAGAACACUAAAAGUUUGAAUCUUCAAACAAGAAGCUGCCAGUUUGAAUCUUCAAACAAGAAGCUGCCCUAUUAAGGAAUGAUAUUCUCCUAAGUUCCCAAGUAGAAUUAUCAUCAAGUAACAAUUGUAAGCUCUGUUCUUUUCCAUAUACAAAACACUACUGUAGAGGAAGAAGUUGGAAAAAUGGGAUCCCUCCUUAGGCAAGGCAAUUCUGCCUUCUAAAGCUAGGUAUGAAUUGCGCUUCUCUCCCAAGUUCAACUUCAUUGAGGUUGUUGGAAUCCAAUGUGAAAAUUCUACUAAGCAAAAUUAUAAAACUGUAUUUUAUGAAAUAAAUUUUUUUUUUUAAAAAAA